AUGGCUUCCAAGACUUUCGGCAGCUGCUGCUUCAAGACCACCUUACACGAAGGUACCCCUAUCGGGAAGCACGAGCAGCUUUUCGGCAGCAAGACCUACAUCGUGGGUGAAAACAAGGGCAAGAUUAUCGUUAUCCUCACCGAUGUCUUUGGCAAUUCCUACCUCAACAACAAGUUGAUUGCCGAUGAGUUAUCCAGAAACGGUUACUGUGUGGUGAUGCCUGAUCUUUUCGGCGGUGACGAUGCUGAUUUGACCCAGCCAAACGCCUUUGCGGCGCUCCAGCCAUGGUUGGCGAAGCACCAGAAACUCACUCCUGGCAUUGUGGAUUCGUUCUUGCAGCAACUCAGAGCCGAAUGGAAGCCAUCGUUUGUCGGUGGGAUUGGCCACUGCUACGGUGCCAAAUACGUUGUACAGCACAUGACCACCACCGGUGAGUUUGAUGCUGGUGCCCUUGCCCAUCCUACCAACAUCACUGUCGAAGAAGUUGAGGCCUGCGACAAGCCACUUUUGAUCAAUGCUGCCGAAACUGAUCGCAUUUUCCCGGAGGAGUUAAGAAGAAAGACCGAGGAUAUCUUGAAGGCCAACAAGAACGUCUAUGAAACGGUCAUCUUCGGUGGUGUCACGCACGGGUUUGCCGUCAGAUGCGACCCAUCCGUACCAGCUCAGAGAUACGCUAAGGAAAAGACCUUGUGUGACCAGGUCAUGUGGUUCAACAACUUUUCUGCUUAA